GGCAGCAGGGUGGAUGAGCUCGCUUGUGGACUGGAAGUGCCUUUCACCUGCCCUGCUGGGCUUGCCUGUGAGGCUCUGAGUGUGUGAAGGGGAAGACAAUUAUCAGUAGACUGGAGAAUAGAAACAGCACUGUCAGUCCAGUGAGUUCCAAGACGAGUGCUCACCAGCAGAGACAGGAUUCCCGCGUGAACGGAGCAGCUCUGCUUCCUUCCAGAUUCAGAAAUGGCCUCUACCUUCAACCCCCGAGAAUGUAAACUGUCCAAACAAGAAGGGAAAAGUUAUGGCUUCUUCCUGCGAAUCGAGAAGGACACAGAUGGACACCUGGUCCGAGUGGUUGAGAAGGGGAGUCCGGCAGAGAAGGCUGGCCUCCAGGAUGGAGACAGAGUCCUGAGGAUCAAUGGUGUUUUUGUGGACAAAGAAGAGCAUAUGCAGGUUGUGGAUCUGGUCAGAAAGAGUGGAAAUUCAGUGACUUUACUAGUUCUGGAUGGGGAUUCCUAUGAGAAAGCAAUAAAAACACAGGUGGACCUGAAGGGAUUGGGUCAGAGUCAGAAGGAGCAAGGCUUGAGUGAUAAGGAACUGCCCCCUGUAAUGAAUGGAGGAGUGCAGGCUUGGACCCAGCCGCGGCUCUGCUACCUGGUGAAAGAGGGGAACAGCUACGGCUUCUCUCUGAAAACUGUUCAAGGUAAAAAGGGAGUGUACAUGACUGAUAUAACACCUCAAGGUGUGGCUAUGAAAGCUGGAGUCCUGAAUGAUGAUCACCUGAUUGAAGUGAAUGGAGAGAAUGUGGAAGAUUCUCGCCACGAAGAAGUGGUUGAGAAGGUAAAGAAGUCAGGAAGCCGUGUCAUGUUCCUGCUGGUGGACAAAGAAACUGACAAGUGCCACAAUGAGCAGAAGAUACAAGUCAAAAGGGAAACAGCCAGUCUGAAACUGCUACCCCACCAUCCUCGAGUUGUGGAGAUGAAGAAGGGAAGCAAUGGCUAUGGUUUCUAUCUGAGGGCAGGCCCUGAACAGAAAGGUCAAAUCAUCAAGGACAUAGAUUCCGGAAGUCCAGCAGAGGAGGCUGGCUUGAAGAAAAAUGACCUGGUAGUUGCUGUCAAUGGAGAGUCUGUGGAAACCCUGGAUCAUGACAGUGUGGUGGAAAUGAUUAGAAAGGGUGGAGAUCGGACUUCACUGCUGGUGGUAGACAAAGAGACGGACAACAUAUACAGACUGGCUCAUUUUUCUCCAUUUCUCUACUAUCAAAGUCAAGAUCUGCCUAAUGGCUCUGUCAAGGAGGCUCUAGAUCCUAUCCCUGCUUCUCUGGAGGUCUCAAGUUCGGAUACCACAGAGGAAGUAGAUCAUAAGCCUAAACUCUGCAGGCUGGUUAAAGGUGAAAAUGGCUAUGGCUUUCACUUAAAUGCGAUUCGGGGUCUGCCAGGCUCAUUCGUCAAAGAGGUACAGAAGGAUGGCCCUGCUGACUUGGCUGGACUGGAGGAUGAGGAUAUCAUAAUUGAAGUGAAUGGGGUGAACGUGCUGGAUGAAGCCUAUGAGAAGGUGGUGGACAGAAUCCAGAACAGUGGGAACAAUGUCACACUCUUAGUCUGUGGAAAGAAGGCCUUUGAUUACUUCCAAGCUAAGAAAAUCCCCAUUGUUUCCUCCAUGGCUGAUCCACUGGAUGCACCCCUGGAUCCCAAAGAAGGAACAUUAAUGGAGUCAGAGCAUGACUCGCACGUGGCAAAAGAACGAGCCCACAGUACAGCCUCACAUUCUUCUUCCAAUUCUGAAGAUACAGAGAUGUGAUGAGAACAAAUAAUGCCUCUGGCUGAUUGCUGUUUCUGGGUAUUUAAUAGGAAUCCUUUCUCAAGAAAUGAGGUGCCACCUGUUUACUGUCUCUGUUAGAGAACAAACUCCUAGAAACCAUUCAUCAUGUGUGAUUGUCUUCUGUUGUCAUGUAUCUUAGCGUGGCUAUUGCAGAUGACUUAUUUAUGCUCAACUUAGGAAGAGCUAAAGUGGGAACCAGAUUCUUUUCAUGAGAUAUCUUCCAAGCUGCAACUUAACUACAUUUCUUUGAUGAUGAUGUCUUUUCUAUAGGUUUCUUAAGCACCAAAGAUGAUUCAUAAAUCUGUAUAUGUGAGAGCUGCUAAUUAAAGUAACUGAGCAGAUAAGCCUAUCAAAAUUAUGAAUUUGUAAUAAUGUUGUGGUUGCUAGAAUAAAUACCAUGAAAAACGUC